UUUGUUUACAUAGAUUAAAUAUGACAUAUACAAGCAUAAAUAAAUAUGUAUGGAUGAAUGUAUGCAUAUUCAGUUGUUUGUUUACCGCGAAAGUCAAAACAAUCUGUAAGUUCCUGUUCAGUUGCACUGAAAAUUUCAACCGUCUCAGUCGAUCCAAUCAAAAUCUCUGGGAAAAGAGCGAUAAUUGUCUCUGAAAAACCCGUAUCCAAUGACAAUGCUAAUCGAAUUGACCAUCAUAUUAAUGGGCUUGCUCUUUCUUUGGGACUAUUUGCUGAAAAGGCGGCGCAAUGAAAUAUUGCACUAUAUGCCCGGACCCAUGCCACUACCUCUUCUAGGUAAUGUGCUCAUAUAUCGCGGUAAAAGUCCAGAGGAUAUUAUGAGCUUUGUUGCAAUCAAUCGCGAAAAAUAUGGUCCCCUCUAUCGCGUAUGGAUAUUUAAUAAACUGGGCGUAUUUUCUUGCGAUCCUGCCGAUGUUGAGGUGAUACUCAGCAGCCCACAACACAUCACGAAAAAUAAUCUUUAUGAUUUAUUGCAAAAUUGGCUUGGUACCGGCUUACUUAUGAGUACGGGCCGUAAGUGGCAUUCACGUCGGAAAAUUAUAACGCCAACAUUUCACUUUAAAAUACUCGAACAGUUUGUGGAAAUCUUCGAUCAACAGAGUGCAGUGCUCGUAAAGAAGUUGAAUGAAUUUGCAGACGGGAAAUCUGUGGUGAAUAUAUUUCCGUUCAUCUGUUUGAUGGCGUUGGAUGUGAUUGCAGAGACUGCUAUGGGCACCAAAGUUAAUGCGCAAAUGAAUCCGAAAUUUCCCUACGUCUUGGCUGUAAAUGGCGUUACAAACAUUUUAGCUAAACGCUUCAUCAAUGUCUGGCAGCGCAUCGAUUGGAUUUUCUGGUUGCUAGCGCGCGAAGAUGCAAAGCAAUUUUACUCUAGCAUUGAGCUAAUGCAUGACUUUACCGAGCGCAUCAUUAUAGAUCGUCGUGCGGCAUUGGAGCAAUCGCUUACCAACAACACCACACCUACUAAAGAUACGGAUGUGGGCUUGAAACGUCGCAUGGCUUUGCUGGAUGUGCUGCUGCAGUCCACCAUUGAUGGCCAACCACUCAGUAAUGAAGACAUACGCGAAGAGGUGGAUACUUUCAUGUUCGAAGGUCACGACACUACCACCAGCGCCAUUUCAUUUUGCCUACAUUUGAUCUCUCGACAUCCGUUAGUACAAGCAAAAUUGUUUGAGGAAAUACGCGAAGUGCUGGGCGACAACGAAGAGCGGCCGGUAACGCUCCGCGAUUUAGGUGAACUGAAGUACAUGGAGUGUGUAAUCAAAGAGUCGUUGCGCUUGUAUCCACCUGUGCCUAUAAUUGGUCGUACAUUCGAAGAGGAUGUCAAUUUAAAUGGAAAAUUAAUACCCGCCGGCACAAAUUACACUGUUGGUAUUUUUGUUAUGCUACGCGAUCCGAAAUAUUUUCCCAAUCCCAACACAUUUCAUCCUGAGCGAUUUCUCAAUGAUUCUGUGGAAGGUGACGAGAAAAUUAAUCCGUACAGUUAUAUUCCCUUCAGCGCUGGACCACGGAAUUGUAUUGGCCAAAAAUUUGCCCUAUCGGAAAUGAAAAGCACAAUAAGUAAAAUAAUACGUAAUUUUCAGUUGUUACCUCUGGGCGCAGAUGUAAGACCAUCAAUGAGUAUUGUUUUACGCUCACAGACUGGGAGCGAAAUGGGGCUUAAACCACGUGUUUAUGUUUAAAACUAGCGAAUAGUAACGAAAAAAAGGAAGAGACUUUCAUUUUCAAUGCCACAGUUCGUAUAAGCGACAAAGGAACUGAGCAUGUAAAUUGUUAAAGGCACUGUAUUAAUAUCUGGUAUACUUUUACAAACAAGUAGAAGGUGGGCGGAAAUCGAUAUUGCACUAAAAUAAUGCAUUGUAGCGUAUAAUUGAGUAUUAAAGAUGAAAAAACAAAAAACAUUACAUUUUUUUUAUAUAAUAAAGUAAUUUUUAAUUGUAAAGUGUUUUUAUAUUCGUUAAUAA